ACUAGGUGUCACACUCUUUACUGUUACUUUAAUUAACUAUAUAAUCCCACUAACUUGUGAGACUAAGUGCCCCAACAAAAGAAAAGCGGUCUCCUUCACCUUUUCUUUGCUUUUGAAUUUCUAAACUUAGAUAAACAAUAAAGUAGCAUUCUUCGCAAUAAAAUACAAUCGAUUUGUUGAUUCAUCUCUAAGGCCGCUUUUAGUAAUUAUAAUGAUGUUUGGGAUAUAGAUAGAUAGCCCUCAUUUGCUUCAUAUACAUAUAUAUAUUCUCUAUCAGAAAAUAGCUUUGAAAGAUUAGUAAAAAAUAAAUUUGCUUAAACAUGCAUUUCAAGAAGAUUGUUCUACUUUUCCUCCUGGUUUCAGCUUUUCUUUUAUCAACUUCUCUGGCAGGUCGACGAUCCAAGUUCCUGAAGAUGUUGUCUGAGGAAGGUGAUGAUGCAGCUUUUGAGGACGGUGGAGAAGCAACUGAUCAUGUCCAUGAAAGGGUGCUUAGGGUAAACGCCAAAGACUAUGGAAGUUAUGAUCCACCACCAGCUCUUGUCAAGCCUCCCUUCAAGCUCAUACCUAAUUGAUGAAGACCUUGACUGCUUCAUCAUAUAUAGUAGUACUUAAAUAAAUGAAGCAAUAUUAUAAUUAUCAUCUACUCUCUCUGUAUGUAGUAUAUUAUUAUAGUACUAAG